GUGACUGGUGCAUACCGCGUCUGCGGCACAUGGGGGCGCGCAGCGGCCUGAAAAUGUUGCGCGUUCGAGGAAGAAGAAGGAAAAAAAACCACACGCGCUGCGUGAAUAGAGUCUGCGCAAUUCGCUUGUUCUCGUCACUCCGAACUUUCGGGAGAACCACGAAGGAAGGAGGGGAGAACAGCGCCAUUUGCCUGGUCCUGUGCAGUCAGCCAGGCGUGUCUAGUCCCGACUGGCAGCUGGAUCAGGAUUGGCUAGUCGUGGAGGGCGGUGAAUUUGGACUCGGUCUCUGUUUUAGUGGGCUGUCCGAGGCAGCGGCAGAGCCAUGUCAGCCACGUGGCGUGAGGAUGAUGAGGAGCUGAGGGUGGGAGGAGUAAAAGGAGCAUUGAAAGCCAAACCGAGGUUCUCCUUCACUGAGGUCAAGCUGCUGCUGGAGGCGGUGAAGAGGAACAGAUACAUCAUCCUCAGGAAGUUUAACCAAGGUGUGUCGGCUGAAACGAAGAAACAGACGUGGGUCGAGAUCACCAAUCAGAUCAACGCUCUGGGAGAGAAUCACAGAGAGGUGCGCCAGAUCAUGAAGAAAUGGGCAGACCUGAAAUGUGAUGGGAAGCGACGCAUCGCAGCGCUGCGGGGUCCCAACGGCACAACCCUGAGGAAGAAGAAACUGGGUCCCGUGGAGAGGAUGGUCCAUAAGAUACUGAUGAUGAGUCCUAGAGGAGACGGCGACAGCGAUCUGGACCUGGGAGAAGACGACGACUUCUCAAAGAUGUGCAGUAAAGGGCUACCCUCGAACAGUUCACCCUACUCCUACCUCAGUCUGACAGACGGCACUCACACUUUAUCAGGAGGACCCUCCUUUGACCUUUCACCUCUCUCCUCACCUGAAAAAGAACUUGGCGGAGAUCCUUUCCACUCCUCCUCUGACUUUGACCUGGGUGAUGAUGGAGAACACAUGAUGGAUUUUGAUGAAAACGACGACUCCAUGUUCUCCUACCCUUCCUCCAUCCGGCCACCCCCCACCUCCCUCGAUCCUCUGCCCGAUAACGCCCUGAUGAGGGUGAAGCCCGUCUACACGUACUCCCGAAGCAGCAACGGCCAGAGCCAAACUAUCCAGAACAACUCCUCCUCCAGCAGACCUCCACCUGGACCUUCCUCCUCCUCUGUGGCUUCCACGUCCUCUGGCUUUCCUUCGGCUUCCGAUUCAGAAGCUGCUUCAUCCUCUGCUGUCCCUCCACCAUCACGGUCCCCCAGCACCUCCAACAGACCUAGCUCCGCCCUCCCUGCUCCCUCUCCAUUCCCUCCUCCACCAUCUUCCUCUGCACCUGCUGCAGCAAAUGGUGCUUCCUCUCACCCUCGACCUUCUACCUCAGUUCCACCACCUGCAGCUUCCUUCACUUCUCAGUCCUGCGCUGCCUCAACACUCACCUCUGCCACUAUUUCUUCUUCUUCUCGAAGCCAGCCUCCUCCCUCCUCCUCCGUCUUUCCACGCAGUACUCCCCCCACCUCAGGCUCAAACCUAUCGGACCCCCUCCCAGCUGGAGCGUCCUCACGCAGGUCACACGAGCAGGUCGCCCAGGUGGCGUCUCAAAGCCUGCAGCAGCAGCGGGCCAGCAGGAUGCUCCUGACCUCGGUGUCUCAGUCUCUGGAGACGUUGGCUCAGUCGGUCCAGCUGCUCGUGGAGAGCCAGCAGGAGUUUGUGCAGGAGUCCCUGCAGCUCCAGCGGGAGACCGUGGACAUCCUGAGGGAUUUUUCCAACACUGCACUAACCAUGCUGAGAGACAAGGCCAGCAGCGGGCAGCUGGCCCACCAUCACCACCGACAUCAUCCCGCCUCGCACUUCUGAAACCCAGAGGGAGAAACGACGGGUUUGAGCAGUGCGAGGAGCUUCUCAUUAGUCGGGAGUCUUUGUGGUCGGUGUUCCUGUUUGACGGUCUCAGCUGCCGGACACAAAAGCUGCUUUCCACUGGUGACUUGAGCACACGCAGAUUUAGGCCCAGAGCUCAAUUUUAUUUAUGUGCCUAAAUCCUGUUUUGUUUUUUCCCUUUUUCUAGUUUUAUUUGUGUCAAAUUCUACAAGUUUUCCACACUGUAAUAAUCAGCAUUUCUGAUGGUGCUGAGCUGCUGUAGUCUCACAACCGCCGUGAACAUUUCCACACAAACCCAGAGUGACUGAGAGCAUUUACAGGAGAUGAUACACUACAUGGUGCAAGGACACGAUCUGGAGUUUGAUGAUUCUGCUUCCUGUGUGGACUGGGACAUGAGAGGGGAAUACAGAAUACUAACCCUCCAUCUGAUCUCCAGAGUGAGGCUCAAGAGUCACGGCGCUCUUAAACUCAGACUGGCUCCUUUCCAGUUACCUGAAACACCAGAGGAGUAACACCUGGGGACAGAUGGGACAGGUGCUUCAUGUCUGUAGUAAAUUAGGAUAAAUUGUUGAGCAGAAGGAACCUGUUUUGUUGGGGUUACUGCUGAAUUUCGCUGCUGCUGCUGAAACUUUAGCUGUAAUUGACCAAUAGAUGAACUGAAUCUCUUUUCCUCAUUAAAAACAAACAGUUCUCUUUUGGUAA